GCACGACGGGACGAGGUGGCAGUCAGAAGAAAUCAAGAUGGUCGACGACGUUUGACGAUUCGGUCGUGUCGGUGGAGAAGGGGACGGGUUCGAUUACCAUUACGAAAUUAGGAGGUUAGGGCUGUAAGAAGAACCUGUUAUGAAUUAAAAAUUCGCUUAAAGGUUAAAGAGAUAAGCGUAAUCGGCGAUAAAUCGUCAGCCGAUUGGUUAUUUCAUACCCCCCCUUUGAGAAACUGAUCGUUUGUAAGUUCCUAAAAGAGUUGAUCGGCGAGGGAAGAAUCGAAUGUGUUUGCUGUUGGUGUAAAGCUCAAGCGGAGUGAAGAUGUGGAAUAUGAUGUGCGACGUGAUGCCGACCAUAUCCGAGGACAGCAUUAGUCAAAGGAGCGGACAAUUCUCGGGAGACGAGGCCAAUUUCGAGCAGUUGAUGGUCAAUAUGCUGGACGAGAGAGAUAAGUUGAUGGAGACUCUCAGGGAGACUCAGGAAACUUUAUCCGAGACUCAGACUAAGCUCAGCGACGUCGAGAAGGAGAGAGAUUCGCUCCAGAGACAAUUGCAGGCCAAUCUCCCACAGGAAUUUGCCACUCUUACGAAGGAGUUAAACCAGGCGAGAGAACAAUUGCUAGAGAAAGAGGAGGAGAUUCAGGAAUUGAAAGCGGAAAGAAACAAUACACGGUUGCUUUUGGAACACUUAGAAUGUCUGGUGUCACGACACGAACGUUCGCUGAGGAUGACUGUGGUGAAGAGACAGGCCCAGUCGCCUGCGGGCGUCUCUUCCGAAGUGGAAGUUCUAAAAGCUUUAAAGUCAUUGUUCGAACAUCACAAAGCCUUAGACGAAAAGGUUCGCGAGAGGUUACGGAUCGCCCUGGAACGCGUCGCCAGCCUGGAGGAAGAACUGACGCACGCUAACGAAGAGGUAAUUAAUAGAAACCUUCCUAAACUAAUAGAUGGCACUAAUGAAUAAUUAUAAUGAUAAUUUGUCCUUAAUUAAUUGAUAGCAAUCUAAAUUAAUAAACUACGAAAUACAUUUUCGGUUAAAUUAUAAUUUUGCCAGCUUGUUUUACUCCGAAAUAAACUAAACGGUAAAUUUGUUAACGUUUUAUUGUUUUGGACUAUGCAAAAUGCAUUUAAAUUAAUAUCGGUUUUAAUAAUUAUCCUAGACUUGUUUUGCAACUAUCAUAAAUGUUUGAUUGAAACAAGAGGUAUUAUUUAGAUUUAAAUGUGUUGUUUUAAUGACAUUACAGUCAAAUCCAAAUAAAAUUUAUGUUUCUUACUUUUUUGCAUGACACGUACCGGUUAUAUACAUCUUACAUAUCUAACAAUCUUGGAUUCGAUUAUUUGAAAUUACUUUAAUGCAGUGUGUACGGGCUGUGUGAAAAGUUACCGUGCAGUGAAAAAUUUGUAACGACAUUAAAAUUAUACAUACAGACCCGUGAUACAUACAGACCCACUGUAUACAUUGCAUACGAGACCCGUAAGUCAUACAUUCCUCAUUUCUAUCUUGAGGUGGAUGGAGUUAACCUCACUUAAGGACCUUCUAGCUUUUGGAAUAUUUCUUUGCUGAUUACAUAAUCUCAUGCAGAAUUUGGCCUAGCAAUUGUCCAGACUCUUCUCCCAUAUUUUGGGACCUUUGGCAACAUUUGAGGCAUUUGCUGUGUGAGAAAUUGCAUUAUCAUACGUUAAACUUCACUUUUAUUGAAAAUGUACUUAAACCUUUUCCACUGCAUGGUAACUUUUCAUAUGUCCCAUAUGCAAAACAAACUGUGAGAGAGAAAAGCUUUUCCUACAGUUUGAGGCAUUUACUUAACAGCAUAUUUCCAGAUACUAAUUUUGGACUUGUAUAAAUUUUUUGGUUUUUCAGUUUCAUUACAUUGGGAAUGUAGCAGAAAUAUUUUAUUAGUCAUUCUCGAGUUACAUAUUUUUAAGUUUGAGAUGUAGUCUUGCGGCUGCUACCGGACCACGGACUGGUCGACCCUAUUAUAGUGAUCUUGCUAUGAUAGUGUAUCCUCUGCCGUAUAUUUGUCAUAUUUUUUCAGUCCAUUACCUGACAUAGUUAAUUGCAUAUAUCUUUACUUUAAUCGUAUAUUUCUUACAUGUAUUGCUACUGGAAGUAAUUGUGUCAAAGGCAUGCAUAAUGUUUUGUUUCCAAUUAUCUUAAUUAGCCUACCUUCUUUGAUGUUAUUAAAGAACUUAUGUAUUAUUCUUCUUCUUUGCUCCAAACUCCUUUUAGCAUUUAUCUUUUGAUAUGAUUAUCGAGUGAUUCUAGCAUGUUCUGUUCUUCUGUUAAAAGUUCUUACUGAAAAAUUUACAGAUAGGGUUGCCAUCUUUGAAGAGUGACUUCAUCGGCCAGUGUUAUCACUGGAGGAAAGGUAAAUGAGAUGAUGUACAGUACUUCAUUUUAUGCUUUCUGCAAUUAGCAUGCUUUGUAAUUGCUCUAAUUCCUUAGUACAUAACCGUAAACGAUCGGCAAAAGAUGCAACGAGCCAAACAAAUAUCGUCAUCAGAAGUUAACCGGUUUUUGAAUUUAUUUGCUCGUAGCCAGGUUUUUUUUUAAGUGUAAAGUUGCGUGAAUGUUUUCCUUUUAUAAGAAAAAGAAUCGGGCAAAUGUCCAGACUGGUUUGUCUCGAAAAAUCAAUUUCAAAGAAAUUAUAUAAGAAAUUAAAUAUGUUUUUUGUGAAAUUUGUAACUUAUUCUCACAAUCUGUAGAAUACAUAUUUAUAUUUUGUUUGUCGGGCUUUUUUAUUUAAACUAAUCAUUUACAACUGGUUUUUCUUCUACUGCUCUUCAUUCUAAUGCCCAUUCACAUUGCCCCAUUUGUUCCUCCUACAUAUUAUACAGUUUAUAGAGAUUGUAAAAAUAUUUUUAAAAUCGUUUAUAUCAAAACUCAUAAACUACAUUCUACACUUUGAAAGCAAUAUUCUGCAUAUUUAAUGUGACAAUGUUUGUUGUUUUUUAAAUUUAGGAUAUGCGAGAUCAUAAAAUUAAGAAUUAAGUAAUUAUUACAAAGCAUGCAGAAUAGAUGCAAAGCUGUAUUAAAACCGAACAAAAAUUAGCACAGCACGAAAAUUGUCACAAAUCGAAAAAGCCAUAAAAUUUUAGAAAUCCAAAACUAUAAGAAAAAUAUCAUUAUUCCAUCGGAGUCUUAUUUACUUUUAUUUCUUUGUAAGUAAUCUAUAUUAUUUUAUUUCCUUGGAUGAACGCCAAAAGUAUCCAAGUAAAUAUAGAACAUAAAAAAGGUACAGGUAAAUGGAUUUAUAGAUUUUAAACAUUGGUCUGUUACAAUGAUUAGAAUAUCCAUUUUAAAGAAUCUUUAUAAACUUUAAAUUGAAAAGACAUUAAACAGCUAACAAAAGCUCUGUUGCUAUGGAGAGUUGUGUUUUGAUUCCACUGUUUUCUUUUUUUUAUUUUUAUUUUAGUCCUUUUGCAAAAUUGAGGACAUGUGAUUUGUUAUGCAGUGGGAUCUGCUUUUAAGAAAAUUGUUUUUAACAAGUUUUUACUUUUAGCAAAAUAAACCGUUUCGACCGCAAUCGCCUAUGUAAAUUUACUCUCGGCAAAAUUUCUACUUUGGUUCGGUUAUUUUCGAUGACUCAAACGACCUAGGCUUGCCAUUUUACUUCUGUUCUUGCGCAAAUUUAUCACUGGAAACUUCGAGAACUAAAUAAAGAAGGAAACUUGUUUCAUAAAAUACGCAACAAAAACCUAAGUCCUUUCAGUAACAAUGUUUUCAAUCUCUUCCUGAGGUCUGCAUCAGGUUUAAAGAUACAUGUUCUAUAAUGGAAAGUCUGUAGAAUUUGAAUGUCUUUCCAGAAAUUUUUAGACAAGAAAUUAAAAUCAAUUAUUUAUGCAUUUGACAUUUAAACAUCAUUGCUGUCCUUUGACAUUUAAGAUUAAGAAAUGAAAUUUAUACAUCUAUUAUUUAUUUAUUUAAUUUGAAGCCUCGAUAAGAAGUUUCGUACUCAAAGUAGCAAUAGAUGUGACAUUUGAGUAUACUUUGAUUCAAAGUACGUAACUGUAUAGAUUUUCUGUUUGUGUGUAUAUA